UACAUCUACUCUCCCUCCACAUAGAGAGAAGUGAAAACUGUUUAAACAAUUGGUGUCAUCUCCUACAAUCUCAACUUUCACAUGAAAGCAACAUAAGUUGUUUGCUAAAAAGAGUUCCUUAAUAACCACUGCAAUUUUAAGACUUAAAAUGUUAUCCCAAAUACAUCUGAAUGAAAUCAACUACAUCAAAUUAAUAUUUGGUGCAAUGACAACUCAUAUAAUAAUCCUCAGUGUUCUGAUAAACUUCUAUGAGUCUUACAUGCCCAACUCAAUAAAGCAGACAUUCAGGUUUGGAAAAGUGUCUUUCAAGGGAGUACGCAGCCAACUGAUAUCAAUGUUGGAGGUGCCAAAGAGUUACUUCCAACAUUUUUACAUCUAUGCAGCUUUAUUAAUGUUAUGGAUGUUUGGAGUAUCAAUUGCAGUCUAUUUAUUUCAUGUCCAAGUACCAAGGAGUUUCACUGAUUUUCUUGACAAAAUUGGUGGCAUUAAUAGGAUUGCAAGAGUCUCAACAUUACAUGUCCUCUUAGCUGAGCUUUUAUUAACACUGCAAUGUGUGAAGAGAUUUUAUGAUUCCAACUUUGUGUCAGUGUUUAGCAAAUCCAAAAUGAAUAUUUCACAUUAUGCAGCAGGAUUUAUUCAUUACACAGGAUGUGCUGUGGCAAUUAUUCUGGAAGCACCUGAAUUUGCAGUAAAUUUAAGUAUUUCAAGAAUUCACAAUCUUCCUGGCUUGGGAGAUUUAUUUGCCACUGUUAUUUUCCUUUUGGCAUGUUAUGGUCAACUACAAGUGACCAUAAUAUUGGCUAAUCUCAGAAAAAAUAUCAAAGGUAAAGUAAUCUCUGAAAAACACUUGCUACCUCAAGGAGGACUCUUCAACUACUUAUCCUCACCUCACAUGAGUUGUGAAAUACUCAUGUACACAUGUUUAACAUACAUCCUACGCGGAAAUUCAACAUGGUUGUUUGUUUAUGCAUGGGUUUUCACAAAUCAGAUAGAAGUCAUCAUGUUGAAUCAUUGGUGGUAUCAAAACACCUUCCCGAAUUUCCCGAAAAACAGAAAGGCACUGAUACCAUUCGUGUACUAGUGCUCUUUUAAGUUUAAUUUAUCACUUGUUGGAUUAGAGGCAGCAUAUCACCCAACUUGGGCAGGUAGAAGUCAGGCACAAGUCCUUCUUGCUUCGUCUCGGUGAAGUUUUUCACGUCUUUUAGCUGAUGUACGCCGGUGAGUACUAGUAGAGUUUGGAAACCACAGUUACUGCCCAGCAUUAUAUCAGUGUUACAUCUAAACACAGAAAUUAAUUGUUAAAAUAAUUGGUGCUAUGUUAAUGUGAAGAAUAGUAAAUGUUUUAAAUGUUAAA